AUGGAGCAGCCAGCUCCAAUCCUUCAGACUCCAUCACCUCCCUUGACCACUACCAAACCGGUGCCUCGGGCCAAGAGGGGUAAAUCUCUGCAUCUUUUUGAGGCUAAUCUUCGUCGCAGUGAUCGACUUCAUGAUAUCUCCAGGGGCUUUAAAUCCCCAAUUUGCAAAGAUCGUAACUGCCUAGGCUGUAAUUCUGAUCCACCUUUGUUAUCUGUAUCUGUAGUUCGUGAUCUCGGUACCUCCUUCUGCAAGCUUAAUCCCGAGUCGUUGACUGACGAGAAGCUUGGAGCAAAGCCCAACAAGAAGGGGGCUGUUGGCAAAGGCAAGGCAAAGAAGCCCAAGAAAGCUAACAAGGACCCGGAAGAUGGUCCCAACCGAAAGAAGGGCAAGAAGUGA